AUGAGUGGGUGUCCAUUCUUUGGAAACAACCUUGGAUAUGCCCUGAGAAAUCUAUCUGUUAAUGACACAGAAGAAGAGGAGUCACAAAGUGGUGUGAACAGAGCCAGCAAAGGGGGGCUUAUCUAUGGAAACUACCUUCAGUUGGAAAAAAUUUUGAAUGCACAAGAACUUCAAAGUGAAAUCAAAGGAAAUAAAAUCCAUGAUGAACAUCUGUUUAUAAUAACUCAUCAAGCUUAUGAACUCUGGUUUAAGCAAAUCCUCUGGGAACUGGAUUCUGUUCGAGAGAUCUUUCUCAAUGGUCAUGUCAGAGACGAAAGGAACAUGCUCAAGGUGGUGACCCGGAUGCACCGGGUGGUGGUCAUCUUCAAGCUCCUGCUGCAGCAGUUCUCUGUGCUGGAAACCAUGACAGCCCUGGACUUCAAUGACUUCAGGGAGCACCUGUCUCCAGCCUCGGGCUUCCAGAGCUUACAGUUCCGGCUGCUGGAGAACAAGAUCGGUGUGCUGCAGAGCCUGAGGGUCCCGUACAACAGGAGACACUAUCGUGACAACUUCAGAGGAGACGACAAUGAAGCGCUGCUUCAGUCUGAGCAGGAGCAAACGCUCCUGCAGCUGGUGGAGGCAUGGCUGGAAAGAACACCUGGUUUAGAACCACAUGGAUUUAACUUCUGGGGAAAAUUUGAAAAAAAUAUCACAGAAGGACUGGAAGAGGAAUUCAUAAAGAUUCAGGCCAAAGAGGAGUCUGAAGAAAAAGAAGAAAAGAUGGCAGAGUUUCAGAAACAGAAGGAAGUAUUGCUGUCCUUAUUUGAUGAGAAACGCCAUGAACAUCUUUUGAAUAAAGGUGAAAGACGUCUGUCCUACCGAGCACUCCAGGGAGCACUGAUGAUAUAUUUUUACAGGGAGGAGCCUAGAUUCCAGGUCCCUUUCCAGUUGCUUACUUCCCUUAUGGACAUAGACACUCUCAUGACCAAAUGGAGAUAUAACCAUGUGUGCAUGGUUCACAGAAUGCUGGGCAGCAAGGCCGGCACGGGGGGAUCCUCGGGGUACCGUUACCUGCGCUCAACUGUGAGUGACAGAUACAAAGUAUUUGUGGAUUUAUUUAACCUUUCGACAUACCUGGUUCCCCGACACUGGAUACCAAAGAUGAACCCGAUCAUUCACAAGUUCGUUUACACAGCCGAAUGCUGUGACAGCUCUUACUUCAGCAGUGAUGAAUCUGACUAA